AUGGUGACGGGGGGCAGCAAGGCCGGGCGCUGGCAGACGGUCCAGAGCCAUAUGCAUGCCGGAGGCCUGCGGUUUAGCAAUUUCGGGGAUGCUUCCCUCUCGUCUGCUUCCACCCUGGAGCACAUCCCGUCCUCGGCUGUGGCGCGCCCUCGACCCCUGGUCCGGCAGCAGAGCCUCCAACAGCCCCUCACUCACCAGCCUCCUCCGGGUCCCAACGACCCCCCAGUCACCUCACAGAGCCUGGGCCAGCUGCACACGGGCCCAGGCGGCGGGGGCCAUCGUGGGGGCCCGCGGGGGGUCCGGGGGAGUCCGGCUGGAGCCUCCCGGUACAGAGGAGCAGGGACAGGCCGAUCGAGGUCGAAUCCAGGCAGUUGGGAUCACAUGGUGGAGCAGAUCCGGAACAGAGGGCUGGACGUCAAAUCGUUCCUUGAGGGGAAGAUGGUUGUUCUGUCUCUAGCAAUCGGGCUGGCUGAACAGGAUGACUUUGCCAACCUCCCAGAUCUACAGGAAGCACCAGCAAGCAAAGAAAAUGAAACCACACCAGAAAAGAGGACCCCGGGUAACAAACCAGGCAGUAGCCCCAGAGGUCAGACCCCAGAUGAGACCGGACGCCGCCAGGGGCCGAGCCACGAUGCCAACUCCUCUGUUUCUGACUUGGCCAACUCAGUCACCAGUGACAUGCUCAUGCUGUCUCCAGGUUCGGAGGAAGACGAACAUGAGGGUCCAGUGUGCGAGAAGCUGGGUCGUAUACAGUUCAGUGUUGGAUACAGUUUUCAGGACUCCACCCUCACCGUCAAAAUCCUGAAGGGACAGGACUUGCCUGCUAAAGACUUUUCCGGCACCUCUGAUCCGUUUGUCAAACUCUACCUGCUGCCAGACAAGAAGCACAAAUUGGAGACCAAAGUCAAGAGGAAGAAUCUAAACCCCCACUGGAAUGAGACCUUCCUGUUUGAAGGGUUCCCCUAUGAGAAGGUGGUCCAGAGGACUCUAUACCUGCAGGUUCUCGACUACGACCGCUUCAGCAGGAAUGACCCCAUAGGAGAGGUGUCCAUCCCCCUCAACAAACUGGACCUGGCAAACAUGCAGACUUUUUGGAAGGAGCUGAAACCAUGUAGCGAUGGCAGCGGGAGCCGAGGGGAUCUGCUGGUGUCUCUGUGCUACAACCCCACAGCCAACACCAUCACUGUGAGCAUCAUUAAAGCCCGCAACCUCAAAGCCAUGGACAUUGGAGGCACUUCUGACCCCUAUGUAAAAGUGUGGUUGAUGCACAAGGACAAGCGAGUGGAGAAGAAGAAGACGGUGGUAAUGAAGCGCUGUCUGAACCCUGUUUUCAACGAGUCCUUCCCCUUUGACGUGCCUGCCCACGUGCUGAGGGAGACCACCAUAAUUAUCACCGUCAUGGACAAGGACAGGCUCAGUCGCAAUGAUGUCAUUGGAAAGAUUUAUCUUUCAUGGAAGAGUGGCCCUGCAGAGGUAAAACACUGGAAAGACAUGAUGGGUCAUCCUCGUACUGCCGUGGCCCAGUGGCAUGCUCUCAAGGCCUGAGGGACCCAGCAACCAACCUGCCUACAGUGUUUUUCCCCUCAGAAUUCAGCAUCAGCCGCUCAUCCCCUGCCCUCAGCACAUAUCCCCUACUACCUAACUGCAGCCUCGAGCUGCAGGAACUGUGUGUCAUCUCUUUGUUCUCAGGCCUCUUUGAUAUCCCCUGCCCUCAGUCCUCGUGACACCAUCCUUAAAUUUCAACCCUUGUCAAAUUCUGACUCCCUCCUGACCCCCUCUCAUCUCUUUGUCUGAACUUAAAAAUGUCUUUACUCACUUCCUUCCGCCCUCUUUUAUGAAAUGUUUUAUUUUUUCAAGCUAUCCCUCUGUCUUUCCUCCACCUUAUCAGUUAUUCUCAGUGUUUAACAUCAGAGCAGUACCUCUUGCCACCCAUGAAUUCAAACUACCAACCAAAAAUGGAUCAAACUGAUGUUCCAACCAUCCUCUACGGCGGCAAGACGGACUGCAUUCAGACAUGCACCUGGGUGUGAAUGGCACUGACCUCCGCAACCCAUUUAACACUUACAUCUGGUGUUGCAGUGAGGAAUCUUCCACUCUGCCCCUCACCUCUUUGUUCACGUCCUCUUCUGUUACCGUCACUGUUCCUCCAUUCCCUUAAAAUGCCUGAGAAAUCAGGAAAGCCCAUGCAGGCCAUAGAAGAGUGAUGGCCUGUAUUUAAAAUGGAAUUGGACUGGAACUGGACCCUGUCGCUCAACUCAUGUUUGAUCUUUUUCACUUUUCACUCUUUCUCUGGCACCGCUGUAAUAAUUCUCCCUUGGCUGGAACCUUUUGUCGUCUGUGCGUGCUGUGGGUGAUGUGCUGUAACCCCAAAUGAAGUUCCUCAACAAAAAAAAAAGAAAAAAGAAAGAAGGAUAUGGAUGUGAUCAUUUAACACUGGUCCAGGAAAGCAAGUGUCAAAAAAAAAAAAAUUCUUUCCUAUUUUUUUGGAAAAGAGAUCCCGAUGGACAGAAAAAAAAGAGUAAAAUGAUUAAUGUUGUGUUUUAUUUUUUGGUUUUCAAAAGAACUUAGAGAAUCAACCUGUUCUUCCAGACAGAAAAUAAGCAAAAAGCCAGCUUCCAUAAAUGUGGAAGUGUGGGUUAAUGGGUGUGUGUGUGUGUGUGUGUGUGUGUGUGUGUGUGUGUGUGUGUGUGUGUGUGUGUGUGUGUGAGUGUGAGUGUGAGUGUGAGUGUGAGUGAAUGAGGGAGGAUUUUGGACUUGCUUGUUGAAAAUAGCAUUACCCUUGAUAAAGAUGGCAAAUAAGAAAAAUUAGGUAUUGUUAGAAUUUGUGUUGUUGAAGUUGAGGGGAGGUCACUCAGGCAAAAGAGUCAGUCCACUCAAAAUUACAGACACACAGUCUUUUUUAAUGCCCCCCUAGUGGCAACACCAAGCCAGACAGACAGUUUUAUCUAUAUAUAUAUUUAUGUAUAUGUUGUGGGUUUUAUCCCCUGAAGUCACUGCUGCCAUCCCCAAAUGCAAAGGAGAUCAGUAGGAUCUCAUAGUGCUCACUCUAUUUGAAAUGCCUUUUAAUAAAUUCAACAGCAGCUUCUCGUUCCAGAAACAGUCUUCUGGUAAAUACGUCAGAUACAUCUAAAUAUUUUUCAAAUAUACAUUUUAAUAAUUUGAGCAUACUGCAGUCAAAAGGAAAAAGCUGGAAAGACCCAUUUUACAGUGUGUCUGUCAACUACAUCAGUCGAUAAACCUGUAUACCUGCGAUAAACCUGUAAUAGGCAUUACCAGAGAACAUUUUUCUUUUUCUUUUUUUUUUUUUCAUUGUUACAGAGCACAGUGAGUCCACAGAUGAUAUUAGACCUGUGUUUUGAUGUUGCUGAGUUAAGUACAGGUCAGUCUUCCAGUUGUUUGCUUAACUGCCUGAUUGUGACCUCCCCCAAGUCCCAUAUAGACACGUGCUAAGUGGAUGAAUGGAAACAAACGAGAGUAAUAAUAUCUGGGUGAAAAGUCUUUUUACAUUCCACUGUUCGUUUUUGUCUACUGGAUGUGUGUGUGUGUGUGUGCGUGUGUGUGUGUGUGUGUGUGUGUGUGUGUGUGUGUGUGUGUGUGUGUGUGUGUGUGUGUGUUUGCACUGUGCGUGAGUGUCAGUAUUUGAGCUUUAGUUUGUGUGAUUGUAUUUACUGUGAGUCUCUCUGUGUGUAUAUCUGCACUGAGUUCUGUUUUGCCAGUUUAAUACAGAACAACAUUGUUUACCGUUUUUAUUCUGUAUGAAACAAUCCAGAUGUACAAAGAAAUAUGUUUUUUUAAAAGUUGUCACUUCUUUAAGAAUCACUGCACUUGUUGAUGACAAUGCUGGAACAAACCUCUCUUCAUAUCAGGGUCAUUAUCCUCAUGUGUGGUUUAAAAGGAUGUUUGAUUUUGGGAGGAGGCAAAUCUGUUAUGUACAAGCUGAGAGUGAAGGUCAAACGAAAAAUGUCACAAACCAGCUUUACAACAGCCCUAGAUAAAACCUGUCCUUUUUUGUUUGUUUUUUACCACCGUACACCAGAUUUUGAGUUCAGACAGAAGCAGCUACCGACAUUUUGUCCUUUGUGUCCUUCCGAUCUGGUUCACCGAGGCCAAAAAAAAAAACAAGGGUGGCUCCCUAACAUCACAGCUGACGUUCCCCCGAAACACCCCCGUUGUGCACACAUGCUUUCUGGCACAAAGUGCUCUGUGUGUGCCUUAUAAACCCUGCCACGCCUUGCUCUUCACCAUAUGUGCUCCCUCUCCAGGUGUCAGGGAGGGGGGAGGAAAAAAAGGUGAGACAGGAGAUAAUCAUCACCUCUUUGCAUCGCUGUUAGCUACGUCUCAGGUCAGAGCAGAGCAUCGGAGCAUCCCAAAAUAACCAGGAACACAGUCAUCUGUCUGUCCUGAUGGCCCUGUGUGUUAAACAAGGCAUUAUUUUGAGUGCUGCUGACAAAGCGUUACAUUCCAAAGGCUUCGUGAAAGUCACUUCGAGCGAUGCAACUUCAAUAUUGGUUAAAAAUCAGUCAGGGUUUGGUAUGUUUUAGUUUUGAAGAAACCGAGCUAAAAAUCGUCUUUCUACACUCUUCACUGGCCAAAUACCACACACUGGUAAAUUUCAGCGGACAAGCUUGCAUUUCUGAUUUAGGGCAUUCUGCUUGAGACAAAGAGAGGUUAACCAGCAACAUUUUAAUUUAUAUACUGUACAAAUGAUUGUGAAGUGUACUGUAUGAAAAAAAAAGAAAAAAAUCAUCAGUAUUCACUGGGGUUGUUGAUAUCUGUCUGUUCUUGGUAUCACUCAGCCCCCUCUUUCACUCCGUUUUCUCUUUGUAGUCACAC